UGACUUCUGAUAUUGCUGCCCUGCCAACAUCAGCUUGUUUACACAAUCACAUGCCUGGAGAUGGUUGUUGUAUUCACAACAUUGACGAGAGGGACUUCACUCCACCACCUACCAGCUAUCUCUAACCGAGUGAACACUGCAAACUACCUCUCUGCAUGAAGCAGCGACUUUUCCGAGAAGACUGGACUCGUCUGCGCCGAAACUACCAACUACAGUAACCCUCGGAUCAGCAACUGAAGCGAACGUAAGAGUAUAGGAUUUGAUUGACGGUCACAAUGACAUCAUACAAAUCUACAUUCAACAACUCUCCCCGUUCCUCGCCUUUUCGCCGUCCUGGUUCACCAGGUUCCCCUACACUCGUCAAUGGAGGGAGACCCGCAACUCCUCCAACCAACAGAAGCGCCGCUUCACCAUUGACUUCACCAUCUAAACUCAAGCAUGCUUAUACCGUGUCAGAAGAGGAGGAGGACGAGAUCGUGGUGUCGACCCCCUCCAAGACCACCACAGAGCCGCCCUUCAGAAGAGCCCAAACUGAACCCCCUCCUUCACCAACAACGGCUCGUCUUUCGCAAGCUUCUUCGCCCUCGAAAUAUGAGACAGGCCCGCUCUUAAUGGCCAAUUCGAAGAAUGCAACUAGCAGAGAACCACGAAGGCUCGUCUCCAAUGGUAUGCUCUCUCAAAAUGAUAGCCUCUCAAAACUCCCGCCACAACUUCUGCAUAAUAUGCGCGAAUCCUUUUCUGUCCUUGAUUCCAACUCUAACGGCACAAUCGACGCCUCUUCUGUGGCCGAAACUUUACAAUCUCUUGGACUACACGAGAGCAAUCUGUCCCAAUUCUUUCCACCGGGACAGCCGCAACAAAUGUCCCUUCCCCAAUAUCUCAAUCAGCUAGCGAACAUAUUGGUCGGACUAUCACCUCAACAAGAGCUUCUCAAUGCUCUUUCUGCAUUCGACGACGACGAUAGUGGGCAGAUCGAUGUUGCAGAGCUCCGUGCAGCCUUAUUGAGCACAGUGCCAGAUCCAGGAGAACGGCAGCUGACGGGGAGGGACAUCGAUCGAGCCAUGGAGGGCUUCACAGGGAGAAGAAUCUUGGGCAAAAAUGUUAUUGGUAUCGCUGGGGUAAGAGGCCUGAAGGACCCUGCCCCAAAGAAAGGCGGCGAUGUAUUUCGAUACCAGGAGUUUGUGGCGAACUUGACGGGCGGACCUGCCACCGACUCUGUGCGACCCCAGAGCGUCUCUUCGCGGUAAUGGUUGUCGAUGGUUGAUCGAUCGAUGUAACGGCGUUACGAAUGGGUCAUGCGUUUUAUACCGACCAAGUAUUAUAUAUAUCCAUGGUGAAUGCAUCGUGGUUCAUCAAGCUGUCAAAGACACGCUGGUCU